ACGGGAUUACCAGAAAAAGCUCCUUGACAGAUGCCACUCCGCCCCAACAAGACCAAAAACCCUAUCUCUAUGCUACCAAGCCUUACUGGAUAGAUACACUCCACAUUCCUUUAAAUAUGUACCGCAAUGGGAAAAAGAGGGAAUGCCCAAGCUCACAGAUGAACAAUGGCUCAAAUCACUAA